AUGCAUCCUCAUCUUCACACAAAGAACGCUCUGGCGUGUGAAGAGGUCAUCGCUGCUCUCGAACAGUGCCAUAGCCAAGGCUUCAUGCACAAGGCUGUUGGGAGCUGCAAUGACGCCAAAGAGAAGGUCAACGAAUGCUUAAAGAUCGAACGAUCGAAGAUGCAGGCCGAGAAUCGAAACGCUGCCCGGGCGAAGCGCGACAAAAUCCGGGAGCAGCAGCGGGAAUUGGGACUGUAA